GCCCUGAUAGUCCUGUUUGGCGAAAGUCUCUACAAAAACUACAAAUGACACCCGGAAGUGACGGCAGUUCAAACGGGCGUGACGUCAGUGGCGUUUUGUUGACAUUUAUUUGUGAAAGACAAAAACAGUGGACACGCACAGGAUGGUGUGGGCUUUCUUUUUUUUUGGAAAGCAACUAACGGACCUCGGGUUAGACAGAAGACCACCGUAUCGUAUUUGAAACUCUUCCGUGUUUACUAAACAACCUCUCGUCGAGACUGGACUCAAAUCAGAAGACGAGAGUAGACCGGGGCCAGCAGAUGGACUGACCAAGUCGGGAACAAAACAAACCGUGUCACCCUGACUACACGACUGGCUGAAUCAUUCACAGGCUAGUCGUCCUCCAGACGCCUGUCUUAGGCGGCAGUCUUCUGUGAGCGUAAAGGACAUUCAGUAGUUUAUCCGUCUAAGCUUGGCGUUGUCAUUUUUUUUUUAACUACAAGGAGGUAUUUUUGCGUGUCAACAUGUUAGUGUAGAGUUACACAAGCUAGUAGGUUAGCGGGCUAAUGGUAGCAAGCGCCCCUCGAAUGCUGCUAAGUAGCUAGCUGCAGAAUGUAGCGGAGGUUGCGGGUUUGCUUUCGUUUAGUGUUCACUACAAGAAGCUUGUCAGUCGGAAGUGACUAGGAGAAUGUGAAGCGCAAUGGCCAACUUUGAAACGUACCAGGAGUAUCAAAGAAUUGAGGACUUCGAGGAGGACUCGCCACCAGGAGAGGAGGAUUUGCUGGUGCAUGUGCCCGAGGGCCUGAAAGACUCAUGGCACCAUAUCAAGAACUUGGAUAACUUCUUCACAAGGAUCUACCAUUUCCAUCAAAAGAAUGGCUUCGCCUGUAUGAUGUUGUCAGAGUUCUUUGAACUUGUUCAGUUAUUGUUUGUUGUCACGUUCACAACGUUCCUCGUCAACUGCGUCGAUUACGAUGUCCUGUUUGCCAACCGAGCCGUCAACCACACCGGGCCAGGCCAGAACCCUUUGGACAGGAAUAAAGUCACCCUGCCAGAUGCCAUACUUCCUACCGAGCAGUGCACUCAGAGGAUUCAAGAUGACAGCUGGAUCAUCUUCCUGCUCAUCAUGGCCGCCAUCUUCUGGAUCUAUCGUCUUGUUAAAGUCUUUUGCAACGUUUUGAGCUACUGGGAGAUCCGGCAGUUCUACAUCAAAGCCCUGAAGAUCAGAAUGGAUGAACUAUGCAACUUCACAUGGCAGGAAGUCCAGGACCGACUCAUCAGCCUUCAGAGAGAACAGCAAAUGUGCAUACACAAGAAAGAGCUGACAGAACUUGACAUCUAUCACCGCAUCCUGCGCUUUAAGAACUACAUGGUGGCCAUGAUAAACAAAUCACUGCUGCCGGUGCAGCUGCAGCUCCCCCUGCUGGGCAACGUGGUGUUCCUAACCCAGGGCCUCAAGUACAACUUUGAGCUCAUCCUUUUCUGGGGUCCCGGCUCUCUCUUUCAGAACAAGUGGAACCUGCACCCCAAGUACAAGCGCAGCGGAAACCGCCUGGAGCUCGCCCAGCAGCUCAGCAGAGUCAUCCUGCUGAUGGGUUUGGCCAAUUUGCUGCUGUGUCCCUUCAUCCUGGUGUGGCAGGUGCUGUACGCUUUCUUCAGCUACACGGAGGUGAUCCGCAGAGAGCCCGGGAGUCUGGGCGCCCGCCGCUGGUCCCUGUACGGCCGCUUGUACCUGCGGCACUUCAACGAGCUGGACCACGAGCUGCACGGGCGUUUAGGCCGCGGCUACAAGCCCACGUCGAAAUACAUGAACUCGUUUACCUCGCCCCUGCUGACGGUCCUGGCUAAGAACAUUGCCUUCUUCUCAGGCUCGGUGUUGGCCGUUCUCAUUGCACUGACAGUUUACGAUGAAGACGUCCUCACGGUGCAGCACAUCCUGACUGCUAUCACUGUACUGGGGGUUGUUAUAACCAUCACCAGGUCUUUCAUCCCAGACGAGCAUAUGGUGUGGUGUCCGGAGCAGCUGCUGCAGUGUGUGCUGGCUCACAUUCACUACAUGCCAGACCACUGGAGGGGCAACGCUAACAAGAGUGAGACCCGUGACGAGGUGGCACAGCUGUUCCAGUACAAAGCGGUGUUUAUCUUGGAGGAGCUGCUCAGUCCGAUCGUCACGCCCUUCAUUCUCAUCUUCAGCCUGAGGAACAAGUCUCUGGAAAUCAUCGACUUCUUCAGGAACUUCACGGUGGAGGUGGUUGGAGUUGGAGACAUCUGUUCCUUUGCGCAGAUGGACAUCAGGCGCCAUGGAAACCCCACGUGGUUGUCCGAGGGCCAGACCGAGGCCUCCAUAUACCAACAGGCAGAGAACGGCAAGACAGAGCUGUCUCUCAUGCAUUUCACCAUCAAGAACCCGCGCUGGCAGCCGCCUCAGGAGAGCUCAGUGUUCAUCAGCCAUUUGAAGGAGAAGGUGCAGCAUGAUGCUCAGACGGGCCCCUCCACCCAGCUGCUGCUCUCAGAGGCUCCUCUCUGCACCUCACUACAGUCCAACACAUCUGGAACCGGGCCCGAUAACCUUUUGGCCAGCGUCCUGGCUCAUCCCAUUCUGACUGCAUCUGGACUACAGGGGAGAGACCAUCGCUUCAUCCCGCCCAGCACGGCUGCUUCCGCCGCGGCCAGCGUCCUGGCCUCUCUGUCCACCUCCCAGCUGCCCGGUUCAAGCCGCGGCCGCUCGCACGGCCUCCUGCCCUCCUCCAUCCACGCCGAGACCACCAUGUACCGCAGCGACCGCACCAUCAUUGACAGCAUGUCGAAUAGUGACUUUCGCAUGCGGAACAAUGCGCUGCACUCAGAGUUUGCCUCUGCGGAGAUGAGUCUCCAUGCCAUCUACAUGCAUGAGCUCCACCAGCAGAGCUCCCAUCCACAGAGGACGUCAGGACAGUGGCAGAAUCCAGUGCCAAUGAGAGAUCUGCACACAAGCACUGGUUUGCAGGCACACAGUGUUUCCAUGCCCACCCCUGUCCAUCUGGGCGGCUGGCAAGAAGAGGAAGAAGAGGAGGAUGGAGACGAUCAGGAGAUAAACAGCAGUGGAUCUGCUCCAAAACAGGGCACUGGGAGUAGUUGUUGAAGUGCCUUCUUUCAUGAGGUACACACUCUCAAUUUAUCAUGCCACGGCCGUGCUUUGUCACAUUGUAACAAUGGCUUUUUAUCCCACGCGGAUACAUCGCCAUGACGACAUCUCUUCUCUUCUCUCUUUUUUUUUUUUUAUAGUGUUUACAUUUUACUUUCUUCAGCGAACAUUGUGGCCUUAGAUGAUCUUCAUGGAGAAUUUAGCAUGGACCUUUAAUACACCAUUCAGCGUUUGUUGUAGGAGGAGGCUCAUUGAAUAACCACUCUCUCUCAGCACCCCUGCGCCUCAUCGUGUCACAUCAGGCAGACUAUGGCAUCAGGGAAACCAUACGUCUUCCGUCCACCUUAACGCGUCUCCGUCUGUGUGCAAACUACGUGUAAAGCUCGCGGAGCACAGAGACCCAGAGUCGCUGUGCGACGCCGCGAGUGAUUUUAAAAGCUGAAACGCAACGAAAAGGCUCGACGUCCGGUGCGCCUGCGCGCGCACAAUUCAAGGGUCGCGAGUGGGUUUUCAGCGCGAGUGUAAUUUUUCGCAGAUGGCUCCGCAGUGCAAAGAUUGUAUCUUAGCUGCCUGAACAAAUGAUCACAAACAAAUUGUGCAGUUUGAACCUCGUGAUAUGUAAAUACACUAUUUUAAAAAGGUCACAUUUUGCUACCAGAUUUAAUCAUUGAUGAAGACACCAAGUAUUGAUAUAAUAAAGAACUGUGCAGUAGACGUACUUACACAUCAUCUAAUAGAAAAACCCUGUCGGGUGUUGAUAAAAUGAUAUAACAGGUCUAUAAACCACAUGCUUUGAUGCUGCUAUCUGUGUUUAGUUGUCCUAAAUCCAGAUUUUGUUCAGUAUUACAACAUAUCGAGACUUAUUUUGCUUUUGUUUUCUUUUCAAAUACGGGACUGAAAUCAUGGGCACCACAUACACUUGGCAUCAAAAUCUUAUUUCAGACAGAAGCUGCCUUUUUAAAGUCUGUUCAAGGCGGACGCAAAGUCGGCUCCACGCCUUAAAACGCAAAUAAGGUCAUUUAUUUAAAUCUUAACAUUUCCACGUUACCUCAACAAGAAAUUCUAAUAAUCCAGUCGAUACCUCUAUUUACUACUUUGUAAAUAUUUAUACAUAUGGAGGUUUUUUUUUGUUUGCAGUGUACAUUCAGAUUUUAAUGGCAGGUGUAUAUGGAAACCGUUUUCCGUCCCCGUCUCUUGACUAGCAGACGUUUUGACUCGAGCAUCGAUGUCCCAGAAAAGGUGGAGGAAUCAUUUUAUUUUAGAACAAAAGAGGGUGGUUUUGCUGUUAUUUUUUUUUCUUUCAGAAUCUUCUUAUAUAUAUAUAUACACAUAUAUAUAUAUAUACAUACAUACAUGUAUAUAUAUAUUUCGUUUGGUGCGUAGCAACGUUUAGUUUGUCCCCAUCUCCUCCAAAACUUUCAGAUCUCACGUCAUCAUAAGGGCUGACUUGUGUGCUCUUGCUUCUCCAUCCAGCUCUAUUCCUUCAAAGUAAAAGCAUGAAAAGCCUUUCAUUGUUUUUUUUUAGCUUUAGGAGUAUUUAUUACCCAUCUAUUCCCCCACAUAUUCCGCUGAUACAGGUACAUGUGUAUUAUUUAUUAGACAAAUUAAAUAUUUGAAUUGUUUUGCCAAAUAAGUUUCUUACUGCUUGACAUAAAAUCAUAUAUAUAACCUUAUAAAUCAAAGAAAGAAAUGUCCCCCUCCUCACUAAACGUAGCUUAAAUGUUUUUGUUUUGUUUUUGUUUGUUUUUUUUGCAUAUUGUGAUUAAAAAAAGGUUUUGACGACGUGCCCAGCUGCAUGAUGACGAAUGCGACUUAAAAUACAUUUUUUACUAGUUCACAGUAACACAGAUCCCACUCUCCACUACUGAAAGACUUGCGUCUUCGCCCUCUCGUGUGUUCUGAAACUAUACCACUUUGUCGCUGAGUGCGUUCGCGUCUGUCGGGGGGAGUGCGUCUUAUAACUUCUGUGUAAAUGCGCUCACACGAACUCAGACUUUUUUGCACUGACAGAAAACCAUUUUCGCGUGUGUUUACCUGCACCCGUUGUAGAAAGGGCGGGGCCGUCGAGCCGGCCCCCCGUCCUCAUCCACCUCUUCACACUGUUUGUAUAUAAGCGGCAGCGUCGCAUUGUGUUGUCCUUGUCCACAGCCGACCCUAUAAGGAAACACUGUGGCCAAUCGCAUAGGGUGGUUCUUACCUCUGGUCAGUAGGGGUUUGCCCUGUAGGGGGAUGACGUGUGUGUGUGUGUCCACACUCUCAGAUAUACUUACACGGGUGGCGGUUUAUCAGCGGCGUCCGCACCGUGCGCUUUCAGUUUAUGUUGCAGGGACGCUAGAGCUCAGCUUCGUGCGCGGAGCCUCGACGGUCUCCACAUUUUAUUACAGCCCACCUGGUGAUUUUUCCGUGAGCAGUGCCUUAACGUUAAGGAUAUGCAUUUGCUCUCUUCAGAGGCCGUCUCACCUGAUUUGCUUUCACAGAUUCAGCAGCACGUAACCAUGUACAGUAUUUUUGAUCGGCGAGUCGUUGUGUGUGUGUGUGUGUGUGGCAUCGAGUGUGUUUAGGCAGCGGCUUGCGAAAUGAGUCGCGAACUGACGUCGAGCGCCCGUAUCUGGCAGCGCGCUUCUUCUCGACGCUGUGUCUGAGAUUACACUGUCUUCAGUGCGAUGAAGAAGUGCGCCUUCUAACCGGCGGUGUUAUCGUGGCCAGCCCUCUCGGCAUACUAUGGUUUCUUAUCGACUAUACGCCAGUCAGAAAAAAAAAAAAAAAAACAACAAAAAAUAAACACAAUGACUGGAACAAGGUGCUAAGAUUUCAUCCUGAAGUGGUGAAUAUGUUUUCAGGCAUUUUCUUGUUUUGUUUGUCUGUUUGUUUGUUACAAAGGUCUAUUUUUUGUUCUGUAAAUUAAGAAACAGCUGAAAAAUGAAACAUGCCAAAAAAAAGAAAAAAAAACAACUCGGCACAGCUUUACCGUACAUGUUGUUUUCUGUGAGUGAGUAGAGAGGUAAAAAAAAUAAAUCUUAUUUGAGUGUAUUUAAUCAUUUCAUGUGUGUUCAUUUGAAAUAAAAAAAAAACUUUUAAUUUUCUGUGUUUUUCUGAUUUGCCGUGUCAGCUCAUCUCACCUCUGAUGCUUUUUUUUUUUUUCACCAAAACAAUUGAUUUAAUAUAAUAAUUCUUUUAGCCAUCUAAUUUUCUCCUAAAAUAAUCCACCAGUCAUGGAAUCUCUUGAUUCAUAUACAAAAGAUUCAUUUUUAAUGAGUCAGGUGAGCUAUUGACUGUUUAUUUAAAGCCGUAUACGGCAUCAUGUCUAAUAUUUGUUUACUGCUAAAUGGAGCUACAGCUAGCUAACUGAUAUUUCCAUAUAUUUGUUAAUUAAGUUAACUGUAGCUGUACCUGAGAGUGCAUUAAUAGAACAGCGCACAGGCCCAAAAUACAGCAGCUUUUGUCAAAAAUGUGUAUUUAAUCAGGAAAGAAUUUGAAAUGUAAACAUAAAUGAAUUAGCAGCCUAUUUAAUUCACUCUGAGGGAGGCAAGGUCACCAAGUAGCGUUCGAUACAAAGUUAUUCAGGAAAUAUUCUGUGUUUGUUAUUUAUGUGUUUUCAUGGUGCUUCUGUUCUUCCUCCUGUUGCCUGCUCACUGCCUCUCUUCAAACCACAACCAGCUCCCUCCUCUCACAGGUUUGCACCUUCUUUAUACUGCUUUUCAAAAGGAGUGCGAUGGUGUUGUUAAGGGCACUGGAGUCUCACCAUUGUAGCGUUUUGAAAAAUGGCAGUUUUGUAGAAAAGAAAAGAAAAAUGUUUUGCUUCAUUUUGUAGGUUGGCGUGAAGCUGGCUGUAGUUUCAUGGUUUUCUGCACCUACAUUAUGAUCUGUACAAUACUGUAAAUUGUAACAACAUUGUAAAUAAACACCAUUUGCUUGUA